AUACUCCUUGGCUUCUCUCAACACAACCUUUUUGAACAUCACUUAUAUCUCUCUCCAAAUUUCCUUGAACUUAUGAACGAAAGUUGGAGUGAGGGAAAAAGGAGCAUGAAUUACAAGGAGGAGGAAGAGUACGAAGAAGAGGAGGAAGAAGAGAGUGAAGGUUAUGGAGAAGAUGAUAGGAAGAAGAGGGUGGUGACUACUAAGAGAGGGUCCAAAGCUGGAGGCUCAGUGCCACCUUCUUGUCAAGUGGAUGGUUGUAAUGCUGAUCUAAGUGAUGCUAAGCCUUAUCACAGGCGUCACAAAGUUUGUGAGUACCAUGCCAAGGCUCCUGCAGUACUCAUUGCAGACCAGCACCAAAGAUUUUGCCAACAAUGUAGUAGGUUUCAUGAGCUAUCGGAAUUUGAUGAUUCAAAAAGGAGUUGCAGAAGACGUUUGGCUGGACAUAAUGAAAGGCGUCGCAAAAAUGCAUCUGAGUAUCAUGGACUUUGAUGAAUAAGACAAAAAUGAAUGUUGAGGCUAGAUAAUAUUACAAUAACAAAAACAAAAAGCCUUUUGUCAUUAGGUGAACAAGGCAAGCAGCAACAAAAUGAUAUAAAUAAAUUCUUCCAUAAAUCAAUCA